AUGCUGAAGUAUUCCUUGUUCGUCACGCAGAUGCUGCCGUGGCUUGUUUGCCCGAUCUGGAACGCAGGCCAGUUCAUCGCGCCACAACAUGACUCAGCGGACACGACCCAAUUCCUGCAUAGCAGCCACGAUUGGCUGCCGCAAAUCACGACGACAUCGACGUCAUCAGCAGCUGGACUACAUAAGCAACAACGGGACAAGCAGGACUUGAGAGGGCCCGGCAUCCACGCAGCAGCCAAGAUGCUGAAGUAUUCCUUGUUCGUCACGCAGAUGCUGCCGUGGCUUGUUUGCCCGAUCUGGAACGCAGGCCAGUUCAUCGCGCCACAACAUGACUCAGCGGACACGACCCAAUUCCUGCAUAGCAGCCACGAUUGGCUGCCGCAAAUCACGACGACAUCGACGUCAUCAGCAGCUGGACUACAUAAGCAACAACGGGACAAGCAGGACUUGAGAGGGCCCGGCAUCCACGCAGCAGCCAAGAUGCUGAAGUAUUCCUUGUUCGUCACGCAGGUUAGUUACAUGUCAAAUGCACAUGAGUUCCGUAGUGACUGUAGAUUUUUGUUUGUCCUGCCGGGUCCUCAAAAGUGCCAUGAAAUUCUGUCAGAAUGUUGGGAUGUUGUGGUAUUGUUCUGUAAAUGGCAACUUUUACUGUCCGGAGACGUAGAGGAAAACCCUGGGCCUGACGGAAACGUUGAGGAUAUGGUACGCCAGAUUUUAUCUAACCAGAACCGAAUUGCUGAGGACAUAAAAGAAAUCAGAACAAACCAAGAGAAUAUGAAAGUUAACCAGUCACGCCUAGAAGCUAGUGUAAAUGAGAUUAACAGUAAAAUCAACAAAAUUGAGAUCACAAUGAAAACUGUUCAGGCUCUGAAUGAAAACGUAAAAGAAAUUGAGAAGAAGGUUCAAAGCCUCGAGAAAACGAUAGAAUAUCAGAACGACCGAUUGACUGACUUCGAGAACCGAAGCCGCAGGAACAAUCUGCUAGUAUUUGGAAUACCAGAAGUAGACAAAGAAAGUGAAGAUGAUCUGAAAAAGAAGGUGAUAAAAGAACUAUUUGAGAUUAAACUUGGUGUUCAAAUCGCGUCCCUUGAAAGGAUUCACAGAGUGGGAUAUAAACGAAACGAAUCAUGCAGGCCAGUCAUAAUAAAGCUGUUUAAUUAUAAUGAAAAGUUAGCCGUGCUAAAGAAUUGCAGAAAGUUAAAAGGGACGAAGAUUAGUGUAAGUAGCGACUAUGCCAGAGAGACCCGAGAAAAACGUAAGAAACUAUGGAACUCUGCCUCGGAAAACAAAGCCAAUGGGGAUGAAGUGUUUCUAGUGCAUGACAAACUCAAAAUUAAUAAUCAGACCUUUGAAUGGGAUCUGAAGCAGGAUCAACGAUUCCCUACAAGAAUCCACAGUGCAAGGGGCGAAUGACUUGAUAACCAAGCGAAUGUUCCUGCAGAAUUAAGAGUAAUCAAUCUAAACGCACGAAGUAUACUGAAUAAAGUUGCCGACCUGGAAAGUAUAUUGCUGUGUCAAUCCCCGCACAUUGUUAUCAUGACAGAAACAUGGCUUACAUCGGAUGUAAAGAGUGACUGUGUCAUUCCCCCAAACUACAAAUUAAUAAGAAAAGAUAGGGCUUCUCGUGGAGGUGGCGUUGCUAUCGCUGUUAAGAUUAAUAUGCAAUGUGUAGUCUUAGAUCAUUGUUUGGAUGAUAUGCUGUUUUGUAAAAUAAAAUAUGGUGAUUUAUCUUUUCUUGUCGUCGCAGCCUACCGUGCCCCGAACAGCCCUAUUAGGUUUCUUGAGGAUUUGGAU